AGUAAUAUCUUAAUUAUUGCAAGUGAAUUAGUUCUAAAUUAAUACCUACAUUUAUUUUUCUCAAUUUAUAAAAUAUAAAUUUGAAAUGUUUUAAAUAUGUGACAUUAUACAAAGCAAAAAAAAAUGUUUGUAGGAAGUAUUUCAUGCCCAAGAGUUAAUGGCACUUGUUAUAGGCACAGAAGAUUACAAUUGGAAAGAGUUAGAAGAGAAUGCUGAAUAUAAAAAUGAAUAUGAUCAAAAUCAUCCUGCAAUCAAAAAGUUCUGGAAAGUGUUCCAUUCUCUAUCUCUAGAACAGAAAAAGAAAUUUUUGUUGUUCUUGACGGGUUCGGAUAGAAUACCCAUAUUGGGAAUGAAAGCUGUAAAAAUAAUUUUUCAACCUAUGCACGUUACCGAUGAUCAUUUGCCGGUAGCCCACACUUGUUUCAAUAUUUUGGACCUACCUCAUUACACGACAGAAGAGGCGCUUCGUAUCAAAUUGUUGCAAGCUAUAGAACACACACAGGGCUUUGGAUUAGCGUGAAAUAGGUGAAAUAGAUUCUCGUUCGUUUAAAUUAUAGAACUGUGCCAAGCUCGGUUCCGAAAAUAUUUCACGAUUGCUUUGAAAAUACCAAUCUCGUCAGAUGUAUUAAAGAAAAACGAAACAUCUAAAUAAUUUGGGUAUUGUUUAUUUUCAGACGAUUAAAAUAUUUUCUUAAAACUUGAUAAUUGCUAUUUUUCUCAUCACCUUUGUUAAGUAACGAAAAUGUUUAAAAAUUUUGAAUCGAUUUUUACUUUGGACUGUGUUUUUAUGCUACAGUUAACCACUUUUUUGUAUAAUUUGGAACAUUUGGCGAGAGCAAAAUGUUUUUCACAUUAUUGAAAUAUUUUUGUGAAAUAUUAACGUUUAUAGAGAAAAAAUAAAAGUUUAUUCAUGUUUCUUCUACUUUUUCGAUUUUACUUUCCAUCACUUGCUUAAGGAUUAUUGAUGUAAGUUAUCAAAUACAGUGAGUCAAAAUCCUCCCAAAGUUCGUAGUACUAUAAAAAAAAUAGCAAAAUUAUUCGAUAUACAAAAGGAUAUAAAUCAACUGUAAGAUUAUUACAAUAUUCACAUAGAAAAAAUUAAAAUAAUUUCAUAUUUUUAAAAUAGCUAUGAUGUAUAAAUUCUGCUUGUUGUAUUGGGAGGAU